GACCGGUUCGCGGGCGACCGGCGGGUUCGUUUAGGUCUGCAGCAGCGCAAGUCCUCGGGCGGACACGCCCGCAUCCGCGGCCCACAGGCAGCCCUUCCUGCCCGCGGGCUCGGAGUAGCAACCCGACUCAGAAUGGCCACCCCGCCCAAGAGGAGCUGCCCGUCGCCCGUGACCAUCGCUAUGGGGACCCACAUCAAAAAAAUCGCCGUCGAAGGGAACAUCGGUGCAGGGAAGUCAACAUUUGUGAAUAUCCUUAAGAAAGUCUGUGAGGAUUGGGACGUGGUUCCUGAACCUGUUGCCAGAUGGUGCAAUGUUCAAAGUACUCAAGAUGAAUUUGAGGAAUUGACAACAUCUCAAAAAAGCGGUGGCAAUGUUCUUCAGAUGAUGUAUGAGAAACCCGAACGCUGGUCUUUUACGUUCCAGUCAUAUGCCUGCCUCAGUCGGAUACGAGCUCAACUUGCCUCUCUCAAUGGCAGGCUCAGAGAUGCAGAGAAACCUGUAUUAUUUUUUGAGCGAUCAGUGUAUAGCGACAGGUAUAUUUUUGCAUCUAAUUUGUAUGAAUCUGACUGCAUGAAUGAAACAGAAUGGACCAUUUAUCAAGAUUGGCAUGACUGGAUGAAUAACCAGUUUGGCCAAAGUCUUGAGCUGGAUGGAAUCAUUUAUCUUCGAGCCACUCCAGAGACAUGCUUGAAUCGAAUAUAUUUACGAGGAAGAAGUGAAGAACAAGGCAUUCCUCUUGAGUACUUGGAGAAGCUUCACUAUAAGCAUGAAAGCUGGCUACUGAACAGGACACUGAAAACCAACUUUGAUUAUUUACAAGAGGUACCAAUCUUAACACUGGAUGUUAAUGAAGACUUUAAGGACAAACAUGAAAGUGUGGUUGAAAAGGUCAAAGAAUUUUUGAGCACUCUGUGAUCGUGCCGAAGACUGUAGGCAUCCAGAUGUUUCCAGAUACUUCGGUCUUGUGUAUCGUUGUCGUUUCAUAUUAAUGGACAUCUCACUAAAAAACCCAAGACUUUUUUUGGGGGCGAUGAAUCCUAUUUAAGUUAUGGCUCGUUACUUAACUGGAAAUUUUAAUGUUACAUAGCAAGAGAUAGUAUGUCUGUGUAAAUUAGUAUACUAUUAUAAGUUUAAAAGUGAAAUUUAAGAACACCUUAGAAUAAGAAUGUUAAAAUUUAUUAUGUUUUUGAUCAAGUGCCUCCUUUCCAACUUAAGUUUAUCUUGAAGGUAAGCACACAAUAGGUUUAACACUCCCUCACUACAUUGAUAUCUCUUGAUGUAUCUAUGACACAAGAGCAUUUUGUUCUCAGUUUGGUAGUGAUAUCUCAGAGAUCAUUUAAUCUUUUUCCUUGCCUUUGUUUUUUCAUUUUCAGUAUGGAAGAGACUUCUUUCAUUCUUUAGCCUGGGGUUUUAGGGGAGAUAAAUGUAAAUUCUUACAUGAUAUAAUGGCUAAUAUGUGUCAAUUUGAUCAGACCAUCAUUUUGUGUGUGUGUGUGUGUGUAAGAAAGAGACUUAUAUACAAGAGCAAUUGAAUAUUGAGAAAACAUCCUAGC